CAAAAAAAAUGUGGAAGUUUAAUUUUGUUUUAAAAUGCGAAAUAGGAAAUUUAAAUAAACCCCUCAGAACAAGGCGUAACUGUAGUCUACCAGAAGGCAUGCGGGAGACUCCAUUGUAAGUAAGGAAAAAAUUCCUUGGUCUCUUCCUUUUUGGCCUUCAAACACGAUGCUGUUUUGUGGUGGGCACUUUUUUCUGCUUUUGUAAUUCUUAGAUUUCACCACUAGAUGGCAUUGCUGCAUCUGAAUAUUCCUCAUUUUAACGUUCCCGUUUUUUCUUGCUCGUUCUCUUUAUCUCACUAUCUUAGUUUUUUUAUUUACCAUCUUCUUCCUCUUGUACCCAGGUUUCAUUCCCCACAUCUUUGUUUAACUUUCUCAUUUUUUUGUCUUUCUUUAGUUCUAGUCAAAAUUUUAAUUUAAAGCAUCCUUUCCCUUUUAUCUCCCUUUUUUCAUAUGAACUUUUUACCUUCCUUUCACUGAGAUGUGUUUCCUGUUUGUUCUCUUGUUUCCUUCCAUCGUGUGUGUUUUUUCACUCCUUGAUUAUUUUCCUUUUCCUCUGUCUCUUUAGUUUACUGUUAACAAUGACGGCACUAAAGCAUUCAAGCACACUUGGCUUAUUUUUCCUCAUUCCAUCAUUUAAUCACCAUGUUUGCUUUGCUAUGUCUUCCAAACAUCGUGAAAGCCAUUCCUUUGACACAACAACAUCUGGAAAGUGAAGUGUGAUGACUUUCAGUUUUGACACACUGUAAUGCUAUUUCCUGAAAAACUAGUAAUUACUUGUUCUUGUGUGUUUCUGUCUGCCAGCCUCUGCUGCUAAGCCUCUGUCAUUCUUCAUUCUGUGGAUAUUUUUAUUAUAUUUAUUUUAUGCAUCUUGUUUAUUCUCAUCACAUCUUUUCCCAUUUUCCCCAUAUUUCAGGUAACUCAUCUUUGCACAUCUUCAUGUCACUUGGGUUACUUAACUCAUGUUUUAACCUAUUUUCCAGCCCUCUGUCUAACCCUUCCUCCUCUUUCCUUUUCCUCCCUCCCUCUGACUUUUUCAUCGUGUUAUCUCAUCAUUCCUCCUUCCCAUCUUUGUCGCAUGUCAAACCUCACAGACAGAGGAGGAGAGAAGCGUGUGUAUGUGUGUGUGUGUGUUUUUGAAAGAGAGGGACAGAGAGAGAGAGAGAGAGAGAGAGAGAGCUAAAGAGAGCAGCAAAAGAUAGACAAACUAACUGUGAGCAGUAGAGGCAGCUGUGGACAACCUGCAGGACAGACAACUCUCCUUUUUAAAAAGCGAGGACUUUCUGACUUCUUCUGAGCUGGUUCGGGAUCAGAACCAGCUCUGAUCCCGAAGCUUCUCCGAGUCCAAAGAAAGAUCAGGAGGGACAGAACCAGUGGACCAAAGCAAAAAAGUUUUCAUUUUGAUGUUUGCAGACAAUCUGGGAUCUUAUUUCUUUUAAGUAACAAGAACAAAACAGCGUUGAAGGGGAAAAGAGGAACAAUUCAGCGAGGGGAUGCUGCCGUCUGUUGCAACUGUUCCAAACCAAAGACAGCACAACUGAGAGAAGAAAUCUGAUCACAAACUACAAAACUUUUUUUUUUUUUUCCCAAGAAUAACUAAGAACAGAAGGCUUAAACAAAGACACAGCAGGAGAAGGACAGUUACUGCCACCCAGCCAUGCUGUUGGGCUUUUGUCCUUCAGGUUCAGAUCUGAUGAAAUAAAGACAAAAAUAAAACAAGAGAGAAGCAAAGGAAGAAUUUCAACUUAGAAGAGAAUCCAAAUCCAUUUCUAAUCUGAGAUUUUCUUAAUAAUAAUAAUAAUAAUCUAAAAAAAAACUAGAAGAAAAUAAAAGAACAGAAUUCAGGAACUGAAGGAACAGAAAGUGAAAAGAGAAAACACAAAGAAGAAAAGAGAAGACUCCACAACAAGUGAAGACAAUUCCUCUGGAGCUGGAAUGCUUAAGAAGAAAUAAUAAUAAAAAAAUAUGCAGAAAUGACAGAAGCAAAGCAUUAGUGGAGAAACAAAGCGAAAAUAAAGAAGAAAACCCAUUAAGGACAAACAGAAACAGUUGAUCCUGAUCAUGCAGCUCCUCACGUUCCUCGCUGCUCUCUCCUCCAUCCUCCACCCUGCUCCCUCUCUGGCCCCUGCGGGCAGCGUGGCCCUCAGCCGGCUGGACCGCUGGGUACGCUCGGGGCUCCAGGUGCUGCAGUGGGACCAGCUGGACCGCUGCCUCCGCAUGUCCUCCAUGUCUGAGGCAGACUGCAGACGGCUCAGCCACCUGCCGCUGUCCUCUGUGGCCGUGUACAUGUCGGAGCAGCGCAGCGCUGCAGGUCCCUCAAACAAAGUCCUGGCUAUCCUGCCCGACUUUUCCAGCGGCAUGCUGAGCUCCAAGCUGAGGGGAAGCUUCAAUGUUGGGCGGAUGCUGAACAGACAUCACCAGCCCCUCUACAGUUCCUCUGCCCAUGAUGUUGUUCUGGUUCUGGAUCCAUCACCAGGGGAGAACUUUGGACACCCUGUGGUCCUCUUUUAUGUGGACAUAAAUGUGACAAAGAAGAAAUGUUCCCACCUGGAUGGCAUUUACUUGGGAGACGAGUGUUUGACUCUGGCUUUGAAGGGUCGCUGCCAGAACCAGCUGAAGCGCCGUCAGACCGGUCCACAGAGGCUGUUUGGCAGCAGACGGGUGGCAGGUGGGACGCUGGGUGGAGGCACCGCCGGCAGCCGCUUGCUGGAACGAGCCAUCGGAGGUUUCUGUGAGGUUCACUUUCUGCCACUGGUGGUUGCCGUCGGAGACAGCAGUUGGACGCAGAGACUCAAAUGUGUUGACAACGCAGAAUUUGCCAGGUGUCCCCAGCAGCUUCCCAUGAGCUCUCCCGGUCUGCCUGUGUCAAGCUGUGAGCUCAAUAAAAACACCAGGCGCUGCCACCAGCAGCCACUGGCCACACACCUGUCCUGCCGCCUCUAUCAGACCUGUGACCAUGCCGUGCUCAUCUCAGGUGGUUGGCAGCCUCAGAUGACAUUUCAGCAUCACGCUCAGAAUCUUCAGAAGUUCUACAAAAUGCUCAGAAACAAUGGUUUCCAUAAAAAUCACAUCAACACUUUCUUCGCCAGCAGUGGACAGCUUCUAGACGUAGAGGGCGUUUACUCCGCAACAGAGAAGGCAGUGAUCCGUAACCAUGUGUCAUACAUUUGCCGGAAGCAGCAUUGUGCCGACACUCUGGUUCUGUACCUGAACUCACCGACACGCACUGAUGGGACCAUGCUGCUGUGGGACGCCAACMUGAAUGGCAUCCAGGCUGACCUGAAGGAGCGCUACUCGGUGAGCGAACUGCUGGCUGACCUGGCCGGCUGCAGGGCCUCUCGGGUUCUCCUGUUUGUGGAUCAGAGCUACAGCGGGGUCUUGUCCAAAAGGCUAAGGAGUUCCCAGAAACACCAUAACGUGGUGUUGAUCCAGCAUCAGUCCCACCAGAYCCACAGGCUGUUCCAGGGCUGGGAUGAUAACAGCUGGUCUUCUAUCAGUGCUGCCACUUGCCUGUUAGACCACCUGGAGAAGGUUGACGGGAUGUCUCGGCUCUUGGAGCCAUGGGCCGGCCUACUAAACGUGACGCUGGCAGGAGCUCCGUGUAAUGCGACCCCCGCUCUUACAGACAGUGAGAUGCAGCGAGAGUAUCAGGGCUGCCAGAACCUGCCGACUGCUCUGUGGUAUCAGAAGCAUGGGAGGACCAACUGAGAGACACCAACAGACUGAUCCAAACAAGACAGACAUGGAGGUUUUAUCUCCAGUGUAUGUUUGCCACUAUAUGUGUGUGUCUCUGUGUGUAUUUUGGCUUGGGAAGCUUAUGCUUGUUAAAACUUCAGUUUAACUGUG